AUGCCUCCUGCAAUUCCUCAGCAUCUCCUUCUAUUACUCAUUGUCCUUUGUUCUAGUGUCCUACUAGUUCAAUCUGUCGUUCCUGAACACAAAACUUUCCAGUUCAUUAACCAAGGUGAAUGGUCUUAUGUGUCUGAUAACAAUCGUGUUAUCCCUGUACCUUCUUCGUACCCAUUCGGUCUAUAUUUCUAUAUCACCGGAAACGAUUAUAAUAAACUUGUUCUUGGCAUCACUGGUGGACAUGCUCUUCCUGGAGACGUAGUGGUUUGGGUUUGGAGUGCUAACCGAAACGACCCUGUCGGUCAACAUUCUACUCUCACUUUCGGCAGUGAUGGUAAUCUAGUCGUUGCAGAUUCCGACGGUCGUAUAGCGUGGCAAACUAAUACAGCCAACAAAGGUGUCACCGGUAUCUCCAUGCAACCAAAUGGGAAUUUAGUACUUCAUGAUAAAGACGGGAGAUUUAUCUGGCAGAGCUUCAACUAUCCAAGUGAUGGACUCUUAGUAGGUCAAUCACUUAUGCACAGCCGCUGUAAGAAACUUGUUAGCCGUAUAUCAGAAACGGAUAGUCGUGAUGGUCCUUACAGUUUAGUGAUUGGCAAAAAUGGAUUCAUAAUGUAUCAAAACAAAUCUGGUACACUUGUUCGGUAUGCAGGUUGGGAAGCAAACGGUCUUCAUAACGUAAAAUAUGAUUCAGUUCAACAGGACGAGCCAACUACUGCCACUUAUUUUCUAACUUUAGGUUUCGCAAACAAAAAACAAGCAGAAAACACUAGCUCUACACCUUCUCAGCCACCAUUUAUUGAUAUGACUAACAGAGAUGGCCUCCACCCUCCUUCGCCAGAAUCGGAGGCUCCUUCCCCGGCACCUGUAAAGAUGGCUCUCCCUCAUCUAAGACCACUACAGCGAAGAGUCAUACUUGCGAAAGUGUAUUUUGGUGACCUUAUGGAUACACACUGGAAAAUCAGAGCCAACAUUAGUUACUCAUUUCUUAGGCUAGAACCAGAUGGAAACCUAAAAGUUCAUAACUUCUAUACGUGGUCUAAUUUUUCUUCAUACUGGUAUGAUAGUUAUGCAUUUUUCGGAAACACUGUGGGAGAAUGUGCAUUAGGAUCAAAAUGUGGUGCAUCUGGGUCUUGUAAUAUGGAGACGUGUAGCGCUUGCCCUCCUAACGGUGCUGUAGGUUGUAUGAUCAACACUUAA